UGGGGCUCGGCUCCGGCCGCAUCAGCCCCGGCCGAAGUGCGAGUGCGGGGCGGGAGGGGACGGCUCCUCGGUCUGCUGUCGGGGCGCUGCCCGGGGUCGCCGCUGAAGCCGGUGUUCCGUGUUGUGUCGUCCCGGUGGGUUUUCCCCUACCCCGACCCAGCGGCUGGAGAUGAGUGCUGAAGCGGAGGGGCCGUCGCGGGCGGACGGUGCCGGCGCGGACAGCACGAGGUGACGCCGCCUCAGGUACCGCGGCUCCUUCAGCAUCCUCGCGGGUGCGGGCGGCGACACCCCUGGGCUGUGCGACACCCCUGGGCUGUGCGACACCCCUGGGCUGUGCGACACCCCUGGGCUGUGCGACACCCCUGGGCUGUGCGACACCCGCCUGACCUCCGCCCAGCUGGAGGCACCGCCCGGAGGCAGCGGGGACGGUGCGGUGUCCCUGGGACGGGAGCCAGAGGCGACGUUCCGAGCCUGGCCCGGCCGUCCCGCAGGCGGGGCAGUGUUCUCUGCAGCCGUGUUGGGAUUUUGAUCCUGGAGAGUGUGGGCUGCUGCUGGCAGCUACAGAAUGAAGUCGCCUCCCUGCUGCAUGUCUCUUUCUUCCCAAGCAUCCUUGGAGGACCCAGGGAGUAGUACAUCCCUGGGUUCGCUGGAGUCCAGUGUUUUCUCCAGUGAGGAAGAGCAGGGGCCCCUGCUCCAGAAGGUCAUUCCCUCUCUGGACUGCUUUACUAUCAAUGUAGGAGGCAGCCGCUUUGUGAUGUCCCAGCAAACUUUGUCUUGCUACCCUGACACCCGCCUUGGCAAACUGGCAGUAGUGGUCUCUGCUGCCCGGGAUGUGGCUUCUGGCCUCCUUGAGCUUUGUGAUGAUGCUAACCUUGUGGAGAACGAGUAUUUCUUCGACCGGAGCUCACAGGCAUUUCACUACAUCCUGAAUUACUACCAGACAGGGAGGCUGCAUGUGAUGGAGCAGCUUUGUGCACUCUCUUUCCUCCAAGAGAUCCAGUACUGGGGCUUGGAUGAGCUCAGCAUUGAUUCCUGCUGCAGAGACCGGUACUUCAGGAGGAAGGAGCUGAGUGAAGCCUUAGACAUCAAGAAAGAUGCAGAAGAACUGGAUGCCCAAGAUGAAGAAGAGGAUUUUUCUGGUAGCCUCUGUCCCAAUGUCAGACAGAAACUUUGGGAAGUUUUGGAAAAACCUGGCUCCUCUGCAGCAGCCAGGACUUUUGGCACUUUGUCCAUGGUUUUUGUUGUUGUGUCAAUUGCCAACAUGGCCUUGAUUUCAGUAGAGCUCAGCUGGCUGGCCCCACCACUGCUGGAUGCCCUAGAGUACCUGUGCAUCGCGUGGUUCACCGCGGAGUUUGUUCUGAGGCUCCUGUGUGCACGAGAUCGGUGUCGCUUCCUAAGGAGUGUGGCAAACAUCAUAGACCUCCUUGCAAUUUUGCCUUUCUACAUCACCCUGCUGGUGGAGAGCCUGUGUGGUGGUGAGAGCUCCCAAGAACUGGAGAACGUGGGGCGCAUUGUCCAAGUGCUGAGACUUCUCAGAGCUCUGCGGAUGCUGAAGCUGGGAAGACAUUCAACAGGUUUGCGGUCUCUUGGGAUGACUAUUGCUCAGUGCUAUGAGGAGGUUGGACUUCUGCUUCUUUUCCUCUCUGUAGGAAUCUCUAUAUUUUCCACUGUGGAGUACUUUGCUGAGCAAGGUGUGCCAGGCACAACUUUCACAAGUGUACCUGGUGCUUGGUGGUGGGCAACAACUUCCAUGACAACAGUAGGUUAUGGUGACAUUAGACCAGACACUACCAUUGGUAAGGUAGUAGCCUUUAUGUGUAUACUAUCAGGAAUACUGGUUUUGGCUUUGCCAAUAGCUAUAAUAAAUGACCGUUUUUCUGCCUGUUACUUUACACUGAAGAUAAAAGAAGCUGCUCUUCGGCAGCGUGAAGCUUUAAAGAAACUCAUGAAGAACUCAUCCAGCGAUUCAAAUAUCAAUGUUAACUUGCGAGACAUAUACGCGCGCAGUGUCAUGGACAUGUUGCGGUUAAAAAGCAGAGAGAGAGCAAGUACAAGGAGCAGUGGUGCAGAUGAUUUUUGGUUUUGACUUUGAAGUUAUUUAACCUUGUGUAGCACACAGACUACUUCAGAAAUUUAGUAUUAAGUAUCUCUUUUUUAUUAUUUGCCACAUAGUGUAUUUGCUUUUCAUAAGGUGGAGUUUUACUUGCUUGGACAGACUGAAAUUUCUAUUGUAUACAAAAGGCAGAAUUCAUAAGAUGGAAUCUCUCAAGGAGCUCUAAAACCUGGAACUGGAUCGUGGUAGGUGAGAUUGGAAAUAAUGGAUCCCUGAAAAUAAAACAAUGAUGCAAGUGUUUGUCUAAUCUAAAUCCCUACUAAUGUAUCAUAAUAAAGUCUUGUUGAAAAUUGCCAGUGUUUUGGAUUUUAAACAUCUAGUUUUUGUAUUUGCACUUGAAGAACAAAAGUCAAAGUCAUUAAGGAAAACUGAAAAGGGAAGUCUAAGAAAGUGAAAUAUUGGAUAAAUUUAGGAUGAUAUUCAUAUAACAAGCUUAAACUUUAUCCCCUUUCUUAUCCCCAUCUUCUACCCUAUUCACAUGAAAAAAAGUUAUUCUAGGGUACCGUGAGGGCUGGGGGGAGGGAGGAGUGGAUUGGUUUGGAAUUUCCUCAUUUGCAGAGAAGCAAAGGGCUACCAGAUAUUUAAUGGGUAUUAGGAGUUAGGUGAAAGUAUCAAGGAGAUGCAAGAUCUAUAGCAAAGUACAAAACAGUUAUGAAAUAAGUGCCAUAAUGUAGAGCAUCCUCUGUAGUUGCUUCAGAAGUUGUAGGAGUUUUACAGCCUUUGCAAUACAAAGGUAAUUUACAAACUUAGUUUGAACUAAGCCUUCUCUAUGUGUUUAGAUUCUCAUGACUUAUUUGUGUAGUUAAGCAGUUUUUGUGCUCAAGUAAAGUCACAAUGGGAUAGCAGGAGAAACAGAAAUUGUAAAAGAUAACAGCCUAGUGAUUUCUCUGUCUUCCAUUAAAAUCAUGGGUAUUCCAAGUGAACCAGACUUUUUGAAAGUUAAUUAUCUUCACUGAUCCAUUAUUAGAGGAACGUGUCAUUAAAAUAUUUUGUUCCAAAGGAAAAAUGAGCACGUUUUGGACUGAAUGUUUAUUUUACAUAGUCAUCAAAUAAAAACCUAAAAUAAUUAAAGGUAUUUUCCAUCCAGCGUCCCACCACCCACCUGUUCAGUGGCCCAAUACCAUUCUUAGCGAAUAAAGCUUUUCUUUAAUAUAAUUUCACUAAUCUAGACUAUGACAUUGCCAUAGAAUGCAUAUAAAUGAGCUAGUAGGUUAAAUUAAAAAAUUCACAAACCUCUCACAUUUCACAUUUCUUUUGGGCAAUAUAAACUCUAAAAAGAUACAUCUGUGUGAAUUAUUAGGCUUUAUGUAUUUAUGUACAUAGAAGGCUUAAACUGCAUUUGAACAUAUAUGAAUGAGUGAAAUAACCUGCUUUUAAUAAACAUUGAAUAAUAAUUGUUUUGAAA